AUGGACUCUGGCCUUGUCAUAGCCAUGAACAAGCACAUCAGCUCCUUCCUCCUCUCUGCAGCUAAAGAGCCCAAUCUCUCCGCUGAUCUUCAGGAGCUCGCUUCUGUACUAUCUUUACAGAAUUCCAUCUCCUACAGAUCACUCAGAACUAUAUGGUUGAAUUCAUUACCAUCAACGAGGCCACCGCUUCGCCAUCUCAUCUCCAGCUCUGAAUUUGUUCUUCAGAGCCCCAAGCCCCGGGAGAAGGUACGAAUAUCUGAGAAACAAAUAAUCCCAUAGCUUAUGAUGCUUUAGCAUUUUGGGCUUUGUUCACUGACUAAUAGUCAUAACUAACCACAUGGAAUGAGCAGAGUGAGGAAUUGAAGGAAAGGCUGAGGAAUUUGGGAGAAAUGGGAGAGAGGAAGGCAUACCGAGAACUCGUCAAAGAUAUCGUGCCAAAGGAAGAACCUUCUGAACCUUUCUCCUCGUACAAGGACCAGCUGGGGUUUGGUAAAUGUCAUCAUUUUCCUGCUAUUAUUGAUAUUUUCUCGUCAUUAAAUUUGUUUCAGAGUUUUUCUUGGCGCUACUGAAGAGGCACAUCUUCUUCUUCUGAGUUAUCCAUCUAUCUGUCUAUCUGCAUAUAUGUACACACACACACACACACACACACACACACACACACACACACACACACACACACACACACACAUCUCCUAUAUCAGUGAUUUGGACUUGUACCCUAUAUGCGGUUGUAGAUUUAUCCUUUGAAGUGGGUAGUUGACUUUGGUCUUACUUUCUGACACCAAAAUUGAUAAAAAAAUGACUUGUAAGACUUUAAAGAGGUGGUUAUCAAGUUUUCUUAUAUUAAUUCAUAUGAAUCACUGGACGCCUGAGUACCUUUUCUUGGUUGCUUUUUUUUUUCUGAUGAGAGCGUGACUGAAAGUUUCUCCUAUACAUUAAUCUCAUGCUGUAUAAACUCAGGAGAGAGAAAUUAAGACCUGCCUAGAUUUUUGCUCUUGAGGAUGAGAAUAGUGAACCAGCAAGCUGACUUCGACAUCUUCAUCAUGCCGAAAUUUCUACUACCCAGGACGACUGAAACUUUAACCUAUAGGAACGCUGUAGGAAGUGGUGAGUGUUCUGUGGUGAAUUAAACGUAUAUGGCUCAUGUUCUUGUUCUGCCGGUCAAACCCAUAGAGUUUCUUGCUCCCUGGGGGAAAGUCAACUGAUGAAGAAGGGAAAGUCAGACAUUGACUCUCCUGACUGGGUUUCUCCAUGGUCAACGAAAACUAGGCUAGGUGUAUAGUAAAUUAGAAACCCAUAUUACAUUUAAUUAGAAAUCCAAGAACUUAACAGUUAAUUACAUUAUCCUCUUUGAUCUACUGAACAGAAACUGCUCAUCAGUGUUAUUUCUGUUCAGAUUUAUUUCUGCUUGAAUCGUGGGUUUUCUGGUUGCCGAUGAGUUUCUUAAAUGGGAAAGAAAAAGAAAAGAAGAAAAAAAAAAAUCUCAAAGACAGGGUUCUGGUUUGCAGGUCUCCAUGUGGUGCUGAUUAUGUUCACCGGAUAUCUGGUUGGGUUCGCCGCAUUCAGAGCCUUGUUUAACCACAGCGCUGUUAUGGUAAGUCCUAAACUCUUCCCGCUCCAUUCGAUUCCCGACCCAGUAGAGCUCCCAGAGAGGGUGUUAAUGGGCCUUUUGGGCCUGAUUCCGGGCUCCCCUUCCUUAAGCCCAAGCCAAAAACCGGGUCUAAUGAAAAUAUUGGGCUUGGCAUUGCAGAACGCUGCUGGGGGCAUCCUCGGAUUGGUCUGCGGUAUGCUACUUGAGACUACUCUCUUCAUCAUCAGAACUUCCGGUGGGGCCAUCGCUGCUUCAUCAGCUUCUUCUUCUUCUUCUUCUACCCUUCCUCCUGCUUCAAAGUUGAAGAAAAAUCAGUAG